AUGAGAUCUGAGAGAGAUUAUAGUAGAUUACAGGAAAAAGAGAAUUUCGUCCCCUUCUUCGUGAGGAAUAAGGAUCCUUUUAUACCUGUUCGAGAAGCACGUCCCUCAAAUGAUUUUGUUGAGGCCUCCCUAGUGAGAUAUCCAAACAAUUUUGACCAUCAAAACACUUGUAUUCACACCCAUUUCCCAAGUGCAAAUGCCAUAGUUAACUCUAAGGCGGAAACUAAAGAAACGGUCUCUGUUGUGUUGAUGGAGACGAAGCUGGUAGACCGAUCUCUGAUCUUGAAGUUGAGGGAUAUUUCAAUACCCUUGCCAUAG